AUGAUAAAUAAUAAAUUUGAUGAUGAUCUGGACGACUUAAUAAAUGACAUCAAUUCAGUUAUGGACAACCCACAAAGCAAGCCCAUUUCAUAAUAAAACUAUUAGCCAUAACCAUAACCAAAUCAAGGUUAAUAAUAAAAAAGAAAAUGUUUAUCACCGCAAAUUGGAAACCAAGCAUAAUAUCGUAUAUGCACAAAUCUCAGAUGUCUUAAAUGUGAUCUCCAAGUUCAAUGCCAUAUUAACUAAAAAUGGAACAAAGAUGCAGAUUAUUUGAUAUUCAGAAACUAUUUUAAUAAUAUGUCGAUCCUAUGCAAGUAUUUAACAUAGGACAACCAAUGUAAUGCAUACAACUGUCAAUGCACUAGUGCAAAUGCCCUUGAAUCAAUAGCUGCUCCGUAGAAUUGGGUAUGCUCAGGACAUGCCAUCUGA